UAUCAUAUUAAUCACAAAAACAAAUUAGAUUGUUUUAGAGUUUCAAAUUAGUAAUGGCUCUUAAGUAUGCUGUGUUAAUCAUUGCUAUACUGGCUGUGGUUACUUCAAUAAGCCAUGCAUCUGAUCCUAGUCCUUUACAAGAUUUUUGUGUUGCUGUUAAUGACUCCAUGACUCCUGUUUUCGUGAAUGGAAAAGUAUGCAAAGAUCCAAAAGUUGUCAGUGCUAAUGACUUCUUCAAAUCAGGCUUAAACGUUGCUGGAAAUACUUCAAAUAAUGUUGGGUCUGCUGUAACUGCUGUGAACGUCAAUAACUUACCAGGGCUCAACACUCUGGGCAUUUCAUUAGUUCGUAUUGACUAUGCACCCUACGGUCUCAACCCACCACACACACACCCUAGAGGAACCGAGGUUCUUACGGUCCUUGAGGGCACACUCUACGUUGGAUUUGUUCUUUCGAACCCUGGUCCAAACAUGAAGAACAAGCUCUUUACCAAGAUUCUACAUCCCGGAGAUGUGUUUGUUUUUCCAAUAGGUCUUAUUCAUUUUCAAUUUAAUGUGGGUAAGACUAAGGCUGUUGCAUUUGCUGGACUCAGUAGUCAAAAUCCUGGAGUCAUCACUAUUGCAAAUGCGGUAUUUGGAUCAGAUCCACCUAUUAACGAUGAUGUUCUUGCAAAAGCAUUCCAAGUUGAUAAGAAAGUUGUCCAUUAUCUACAGUCACAAUUCUGGUGGGACAACAACUAAAUUAUUAUAAGCCAUGCAAUGGUUCUAUGAUUAUUAAAUUUGUGUGGUUUUUAUUUUAUAAUCGUUAAUAAACUUCAAGAUUAUCCAGUCAUGUUGACUGAUUUUACUUGAUCUGUAUUGGAUGAUACGUUAUUGUUUUAUUAUAAUUAAAAAAAUUACCUUCAUA